UUUUACAUUAGUGGAAACUUCCUUGUUAACGGAUUUACAUAACUUGAUUUUGUGCUAAGAUUGUCGUUGAAGUUUUCAUAAAUAGCUAUCGAUAGUGUCUACCUUACAGUCAAAGUGUCAAAGUAAAAGUGGCUAGUUUGGUUCAGAAUGGUUUAUGAACUCAAAGACAAGGUGAGCCUUGUCACUGGAGGAGCUGAGGGUAUUGGGUUAGCUUUCGCGAAGCAUUUGUUAGAAAAUGGCGUAAAAGCCGUUAUUAUAGUAGAUAUCAAUGCAGAAAAAGGAGAGUCAUCUGCAGAUGAACUCAACAGUCAAUAUGGUCAAAACAAAGCACAUUUUCUGAGAGUGAAUGUUACUGAUCCAGAGGAACUUGAAAGUGCUUAUAAAUACGCAAUGACCAAGUUUGGUGGAUUAGACCUAGUAAUAAAUAAUGCAGGGAUAUGGAGGGAUAGCCAAUGGGAGCUAGAAAUUAGUAUUAAUGCGAUUGCCACAACCAGAAGUACCUUUUUUGCCUUAAAGUACAUGGGAAAACACAACGGUGGACGAGGAGGAGUGGUCGUUAAUGUAUCAUCAAUCGCUGGCCUUACUCCCAUGGAUAUUGUACCAGUUUAUUCAGGAACCAAACAUUUUGUUAUUGGUUUCACAGGAUCAUUUUCUACUCCUUUCUUCAACGAUCUGACGGGAGUAUCAUUUAGAGUUAUAUGUCCUGGUCUCACCCAUACUCGAUUGAUCGAUAUUGGCCUAGAAAAUACGUUAGAAGAUUUUCCUGGUUAUAAAGAAUAUGUGCAAGCAGGGUUCAGUACGCUGAAGGGCCAAUCGGUCGAUGUUGUAGCCAAUUGUAUGAUAAUAGCCGUAACUGAAGGAGGAAAUGGAAGUGUAUGGAACCCCGAAGAUAAUGAAAUAUAUGAGAUAGAAUUUCCAGACAGAUUUUCUUUACGAAAAAAAUGAACAUUUAGGCAAAAUUUUAAGAAUAAAAGCGAUACAUUUUUGUACAAAAAUCAUUCAAAAUAGAGAUUAUAUAUUUUUUAAAUGUUAGUUAAUUCUUGUUAAAUAUAAUUAUUGCAGUUAUA